GAUACAUCUUUGGAACACCACCAGGAUGCUGAAUCUACUCAGAAGCAAGCAUCCUAGCCUGCAGCUUCAAAUGCCUGGUAGAAGCCUAGAUGGGAUGCUACAUGAGGAAAUGACACUUGCUUGAGAAGAAACCGUAUAUGCUCUCUAAUACUAUGGCUCAAUAUUAUCCAGCCAUGAUGCAGACAUCUCCUUAUGCAUACCUGUCCCUUGGGUCAAGUCCUAUGCCUGAAAUGCCACAUGCCACCAUGUUCCAUCCUAUCCACUUACACAACUUCUACAGCAGGCCUCUUGCUGUGAUUAUGGACCACAGCAAUGGUUACAAUGACAAUCCAGCAAAUCAAGUGGAGUACCAUCACAUCCAUGGUGCAAGUCCCUACUUCUGUCCUUAUCCCUUCUGGCACUUCCCCCAGGUGAGCCCUCUUCCCCUGUACAACCCUUAUGCAAACCAUCAACUUUAUGCAGCAUACCAGAGACCAAGCUUUGACGCAUGGCCUGAAGGGUUCACCUUGAGAGGAGAGCUUCGUUGGGGUAAGCUUGAGAGGGUUGUGGGACCUAGGAGGGACUUGCCAGAGUUUGUGAAAGAUGAUCUCAGAAGGGUGUAUGGCACCUACCCAAGGACUGAUGUUAACAUAACCUACAACAAUGGGGAAUUUAUUGUGAAAGGGGACCCACGAAUAGGAGAACAAGAAUACAGGAUAGAGAAGAGAAUAAUCAGAAAGCAACCCACCCCAACUUCUAGUGAAGCUGAGGACAACAGUGAAAACCGCCGCAAGAAGAAAAAGAAAUCAAAGAAAUGAUGGAGUUGGUUCAAACCAUACUGACUGAACAAUACUCAUGUGUUUACAUCCAAGAGAGCCAGCAUUAGUGAUGCUGCAAACGGCACUAUAAGCACAAAACAGAAAA